CAAGCCAACCCAACCACAUCGCGCACCCAGGCCAGGAGCGAGCGAGACGAGCCGCCGCCGAACCCUAGCUAGCCCCUCCCCUCCCCUCCGCCGCGGCCGCCGGAAGCCCCGCCGUCGCCGACGACUCCGUCGCAGCCGUCGUCACCGCCCCGACCCGCGCCAUGGCCGACUCCCCGCGCCGGAGGUACACGAGGCCCUCAAGGUCCCCGUCACCUUAUAAGGGACGCCAAAAGCAAAUGUCAAGGUCAAGAUCACCUGUAGCCCAAUCCCAGUCUAGAUCUCCAUCACCUGAUCCUAGAUCUCAGGCAAGGUCAAGAUCUCGAAGCCCUGCGAGGGAACGGGAGCCUGAAGCUGUUAAUCAUGGAAAUACUCUGUACAUCACUGGACUUUCUUCUAGGGUGACUGAUAAAGAACUUAGAGAGUACUUCAAUAAGGAAGGAAAGGUGGUUUCUUGUCAUGUUGUUCUUGAACCCCAUACACGUGUUUCUCGUGGAUUUGCUUUCAUCACCAUGGACACUGUUGAAGAUGCUGAACGCUGCAUCAAGUACCUUAACCAGUCAGAACUGCUAGGCAGAAACAUCACAGUUGAAAAGUCACGCAGAGGCCGCCCUAGGACACCAACUCCUGGAAGCUACCUAGGCCACCGCUAUGAGCGUAGAGAGAUGCAGCGUGGUGGUAGAUUCCGCCGAGGAGGCUAUGGUGGUCGUGACGAUUAUUACGGCAACAGCUAUCGCAGGUCUCCGCCUCCCAUGUACCGAGACUACAGGGACACCCGGGACUACCCUCCCUACAGGGACACCCGCGACUACUCCCCACCCCAUAGGGAUGCCCGAGACUACUAUGAUGGCAGGGGUGGCCGGGGCUACUCCCCCCACAGGUCUCCCCCUCCUUAUGGUGGCAGAGCAAGGAGGGAGCGGUCUAGGUCGUUGCCGUAUUCCCCAUACCGGAUGCCUGAAAGGGGCUAUGGCCGCCGUGCCGGUGGUGGUGGCUAUGACAGGUAAAGGGUGGUUGUUUCUUUGCGUCAGCAGAGGCCCUGUGUCAAGUUGGAUAACAUGCUGCGCGUGACGGGCCUCCCCUUAUGUUAGAUUAUGUGUAAGCUGUACUGUCAUGGCCUCCCAUUAUAUGCUAGAUUAUGUAUAAGGUGUACUGUACUGUCUUGGAACGAUAUAUUCGUGGAUUAUGCGAAUGUUGUACUUCCACCUAGUUUUUAACUUGACCAUGAGACAUGUUCGUUCUAUUUGGAUUCAUCCUUUUAACUAUUCAAAAUCAUGUUGCUCUGCUUCAUGGCCUGAA